GUACUGCGCUACCGAAUGCCACAUUCUCUACUAUAUGCACAGUACAAACACCCGGCGAACAAAAUAUCCCUGGAUCGUAAACGGGGGGGGGGGGAAGUUACAUCGUGUCACGUGACAUCCUCUCAAGCCCGAUGCCUUUCUUACACACGUGACCGAUCACAUGAUCGUGUGCUCACCACAGGUCCCCCUCCCAUAAAGAUGGCGGAGCUCCUGAAGCAGGCCCAGCUGCAGAAAAGUGUUAAAAUUGCCCCUGGAGCGGUGGUCUGUGUGGAAAGUGAAAUUAAAGGAGAUGUCACGAUAGGACCCAGGACAGUAGUUCACCCUAAAGCUCGUAUAUAUGCUGAAGCAGGGCCCAUCAUUAUUGGGGAAGGCAACUUGAUCGAGGAGCAGGCAUUUAUAAGAAACAGUUUUCCAGAAAACAUUGCACCUGACUCCGAAGAUGUAGAGCCAAAAGCCAUGAUCAUUGGCACCAACAAUGUCUUUGAAGUUGGAUGCUAUUCUCAAGCAAUGAAGAUGGGAGAUAACAAUGUAAUUGAAUCCAAAGCUUAUGUAGGUAGAAACGUCAUAUUAACCAGUGGCUGUAUAAUUGGUGCUUGCUGCCAGGUGGACUCGUGUGAGCUUAUCCCAGAGAAUACGGUCAUAUACGGAUCUGACUGUCUACGUAGAGUACAGACAGAGCGCCCCCAGCCACAGACAUUGCAGCUAGACUUCUUGAUGAAGAUUCUUCCAAAUUAUCACCACCUCAAGAAGACGACAAAACUCAGCAACGCUUCAAUUAAAAACUGAUGCAUCCCUAUCCUGCAUCAUUACAUUGUGCUCCCCAUGUGUUUACUUUAUAUACUAUUGUUUGCCAUGCUAUUUAUUUAUAGUAUCUUAUCAUAUGUGCCACAAAUAUAGAUAAAAGCACAGAGAUGUAUUAUGGACCUUGCUUUUUUCAUUCCUAAUAAAAUAACUGCAUCAGCUGGUAAAUUA